GUUGUGGGGCGGCCAGCUGGUUAGCUACCUAGCUAGUUAAUCAAGUAAAUUCGUUACUCGAUCUCUGUUCUUUUUUUUUUUUUUUUUUUUUUUACAAAUUAAGACUACUGCAGCGAGUUUUAAUCAACUUUGAAUCUGUUGGUAAAACUGGUAUGACUGUUAAUCGUUGUUUCUUGAGCCAUCAUAGCAGCACUAGUUAAAAACCGAGUUAGCUAGCUUUGGCUAUCGACUGCUCAGGCGUCUCAGAGCAUAUGGAUACACAAUACUAUUACGAUCGAUUCCAUCUUCGCCGUUAAAUAGAACCUAAACAAAUUAAUUAUUCAUCAGGAUACGGGAAGCAGGGAUCAAAGGACUUUGGUUUGGUGCAGAAGUGACAGCCCUCUGGAAUCUGACCUGAGACUCAUGCAGUUAUGAGGCCUUCUCCUUCUGUGUCUGUGCUGAGAGCCGUACAAUAAUAAGGCUUACGCCCUCUCUGUGUGUAGGCUGAGAGUCAUACCUACUCCCUCCCUAUGUAUGCUUCAGCUAAGUUAUGCCAGCAGCUGCUCUCUGGGUCAGGUGUGGUGGGUUUCUAGUGCGCAGACGAGCCCUGCUUAGCAGCAGGGUCUUUUUCCAUUCAGCUGCCACCGCUAGACUCAGCAGUUCCAGGUUUGACCCAGAUGGGAGUGGCUGUCCCACCACGUGGGACACAUUUGGAAUUUGGGAUGACCGUAUCGAGGAGUCCAUCCUGCUGCCACCCAGCAUCAAGUAUGGCAAGCCCAUCCCCAAGGUGAGCCUGUCCAAGGUGGGAUGUGCCUCGCUGAUUGGCCAGCGCAAAGAGAAUGAGGACCGCCUGCGGGUCUCCCAGAUGACUGACAGCGUCCUGUAUUUUGCUGUGUUUGACGGUCAUGGAGGACCUCAAGCUGCAGACUUCUGCCAUAAGCACAUGGAGAGAUACAUUAAAGAUCUAGUUGCAAAAGAAGAAAACCUGGAGCUGGUUUUAACUAAAGCAUUCCUGGAAAUUGACAAAGCCUUGGCAAGACAUGUACACUUCUCUGCUGAUGCAUCUCUGCAGAGCUCAGGUUGCACAGCCACCGUGGCCUUGCUGAGGGACAGCAUGGAGCUGGUGGUGGGCAGCGUGGGGGACAGCCGUGCCCUGCUCUGCCGUAAGGGUGAGGCCAUCAAGCUCACCGUGGACCACACCCCCGAGAGAAAGGAUGAGAGAAAAAGGAUAAAGAAGUGCGGGGGCUAUGUGGUCUGGAACAGCCUGGGGCAGCCACACAUCAAUGGCAGACUGGCUAUGACACGCAGCAUUGGAGACCUGGACCUGAAGGCAGUCGGCGUGAUUGCUGAGCCCGAGACCAAGAGGAUCACGCUGCAUCACGCUCAUGACAACUUCCUGGCAUUAACCACAGACGGAAUCAAUUUCAUUAUGAACAGUCAGGAGAUCUGUGAUGUCAUCAGCCAGUGCCAUGAGCCUUCAGAGGCAGCUCAGCGUAUUUCAGAGCAGGCUCUUCAGUAUGGAUCAGAGGACAACAGCAGCAUCAUCGUGGUGCCCUUUGGAGCCUGGGGGAAGCACAAAAGUUGUGAUGUCAGCUUCUCCUUCAGCCGAAGCUUUGCACCCAGCGGCCGAUGGGCAUGAGGCCAGAAUUGGCCACGGGGUGUGGCUCCAGUGCAGGUUAAUCUGAAUACAGUACGCCCUCCACAGGACAUCAGUGUAAACAAGCAUGCCU